UGCGUGAAAAGGACGUAGAGCUAGCAAGAUAUGAUCAAACUGCUUUUUCUGCUCGGGACCUCCAGAAGAGAGACCGACAGACUCUGAAAUUUGUCAGCUAAAACUCCCUUCCAAAUUGAUCUGAGGUGCCAGUCAAGAAGACAUGAGCGGCGUUUUUCUUGAGUUUGGGCUGCUUCUGGUAUGCAGCAUUUUCCAAUAUAGUGAGGGGGCUGGAAAAGAUCAAUGCCCUGAUCCUGAUACAGCUAAAUUUGCAGAGUAUUACACGGAUCAGUAUGUUGUGGGUACUUCGGCUCGCUACAUAUGUGAUGAAGGCUACAAGAGACAAGCAGGAAAAAGUAACAUUAUUAAAUGCACAAACAUAUCUGGAAUCGCUCAGUGGAAGUCCACUCACCAACCCAUCUGCCUAGGGCCGUCUCCUACUGAAAAAUGGGAGAAGAGUUCCAGUGGGCCCCAACUCAGCACCAGCACCCCAACAGUCAUGGAAGGAUAUUGCGGAGUUCCCGCCCCAUACAAGCACGCCACUGUUAAAGUGAUAAAAUACAAAGUGGGACAAAAACUGAGCUAUAAAUGCUUGAAUGAAUCUCAAGCACAGGCUCCUAUCACUGGCAUUAUUAGGUGUGAGGAGUCAAGUGGCGUUGCGCUCUGGACCGGCUUAAAUCCACCAUGCACCAAUGAUGAAGCCGUACCUCCAUCACAGUCACAGAAGCAAUACCUCGAUCCAGCUCCUUUAUUCGUUAUGAUUGCAGUGACAAUGGUCUUCGUUUUAUAAAGGUUGCUUACCAGUGGAAGGAACUAAGGCACAAGAUAGUUCCCGGGGAAGAUGCUUAUCCAAUGUAAUACCGUAAUUCCGUUCUAUAGAAGGAGAACAGGAACAGAAAUGGAUCAGCUAGAACACGGGUGUCACCUAUACAGAUGACCUGAAAUGAGAUUUCAUCACCUGCUUAAUUGUUACUGGUUAACCCACUUUCUCAGUUUAUACAUUAAACCUAGGAUUAACUAAAUAGGCCGUGUUUGUAUAACAAACCACCAAAAAACCUAACCUAGUUUAAAGCUAAUUAGGCUUAGAUUGUUCAAACAAUGAAGCCAGUGAAAUUUUAACUAAGCUGGUAGAAUGUGUUAUAGAAACCCUGGCAAUGGGUUUCCAAAACUUUCCGGGAAACCAUAUUUGCUACCUACCAUUGGAUGUAAACCAGCUUUGCAGGGUCUUUUCAGGAAUGGCCCCCAACCAUCUCAUUUCCUAGAGAGGAAAUUGCUUGCUUUCCCACAGACUCUGGGAUAUUAGGAGGACUUCUCCAGAAGAGUUUCCAGUGGCCCAGAUUCUUCACCAAGCUCCUUUGUUAUUUUUUUCCUUCUCUUUUUUCUAUGAUUAUCUUUAUCCUUGCUUUAUAGAUGCAGGGUUUCGUUUAAACAGUUUUGUCCAUUCAGAUGACCAACCAACAUCAUUGAAAGACUGACUGGCUGUUUAAAGCAAAGAUCGGAGUCUCUGUCUUCCUUUUGGUGAGAAUAAAUGGAAGUGUAGCCAACAUUGAAGCUAUGGAACUAUCAGCAUGGAUUAUUGCAAGGAGUAACCAUUGCGGUGGAACGUAGCCUGGAUUCCCAGGAGGGAGGGGUUGCAUUUCAAAGGACUAAGAGACAGAGAAGUUUAGAUAGUUCAGCUGGCAAUUCUCGGAGUAUAUCGUUAGUGAUGUAAAUAGUUGCUUUAGUUUGGCAAUUAUAGUUUAAUUUAGCUUAAAUUUGGAUGUCUGUCUAUAGGUGAGGAAUAAUAAAAGAAACGACUUAGAAAUAACUCCAUGUGUCUUUCUUGGUUCUUCAUGUCAAAUAUUAACUUUAUAUUAAACUAUAUAGUUCCAGUUCUGAGACAUCUCUGUAAAAGAAUUGUUCUUUUCCUAACUGACAAACAUAGUAAAAAAAAAAAUACAUCAUUCAGAGUCUGAGGACUCAAACAUACCUUCUUUGCUUUUGUGGGAAGUCAGCCCCCCCCCCGAGAAGGAAAUAUUAAAAAGGCAGAAAAAUAUAUUUUCUCAAAGGAUCUUAAAGAGGCAGAAAAGCAUGCCCAG